CUUUCAAUUGACUCUUUGAUAGCUUAACCCUGAACUCGGAUCGGAUGUUUCGAUCCUCGCUGAGGUCUGCGUCAGACCCUAUUCGUGAACAUGUCUGUUUCUCGUGUAUAGCAAGAGGCCUCGAAGGUCGCGCGCAGGCGCGCACCUUUUACGCUACUGCUCUCCUGCGUGGAGUGACCGAUAGCUCCUCAACGAUCACGUCGGCUCAGUCACUGGACCAGGCUUUUCAGACGCUAACCCAGACCUUGGAAACGCAGAAGAAGAGACGGCCUCAGAAAAACACCAAUGCACAAAAGGCCAAGGGAACGGACAGUCAAGAGACCUCAAAGCGGACAACGAAACCUCGGCUGCCUCCCAAGGAGACUAAAAAACGUCGGGAAACUCGUCCUCAGCAUAAGCACGCCGAACCACUGGGUAUUAAAACCAAGUUGAAAGGCGUGGUCCAACAAUUAGAUAUACAGAAGAAACUUGCAAAAAAGGCUAAGAAAAUUGGAGCCCCGCAGGAGUUUCCAAAGCCGCCGACAAUACUUAGCAAAGCGAUCAGUACACAAGAGCGUGGCAAACUGGACUCCUCGACAUCUGCUAUUGAAGUGGUAGAUGUGAAAACCCAACCGGUGCCGGAGCUUUCAUUCGGCCUACAGAGAGUCCUUUUCAACCCUGGAGUUUAUCAACUGCGCGAUCCCCGGUCCCGUGUCUAUAAUUUCGAUCCGUACCUGGGGACCAUCAUGCCUGUAACCGAGUUCGACUUCGCCGCUUUGAAGGAAUACAUCACAUCCUCGAGAGAUGACACUUUACGAAACAUAGCGAAAGAGAACAAGAGGAAAUAUAUGGGCUCGUCCUCCAGUAUGACAAGCGUUCUGUCGCAUUUUCACUAUUUGUUAUCAGCAUGGCGCCCUAUCAAUACGAAUUCGCUCUCUCAAGGCUUCGAAGACAAGAUGAAAACAUUCACACGUAUAAUGCGUGCACCUGCGGCUAUGUUUUUGCGGUAUCAGGAUGGUAUCUAUGCGAUAGAUGCCGAUAAAGGGUUCGACACUGCCAACAUUUUAAUGAAUUUGGGCAAGUCAAUGGAGAAGCUUCUCACCCUGCCUAAAGAGGAAUAUGAACGCUAUCGGAGGUCUCAUAAGAACAAAAUCACCGCCGAAGAGGAGGCCCAAACGCCGGAAUCUUACCACUACUCUACUUUGGGAGACUUCAUGAUGAGAUCGCAGCUCGAUGCUUAUGAUCCGCGUCUCCCGGGCACAGGAAUGUUUGAUUUAAAGACACGUGCUGUCGUAUCCAUUCGGAUGGAUGCACGCAAUUUUGAGGAAGGUCUAGGCUAUGAGAUAAAAUCGCGCUUCGGGAGGUUCGAGUCUUACGAGCGCGAAUAUUAUGAUAUGAUCCGCUCAGCCUUCCUCAAGUAUUCACUCCAAGUGCGUAUUGGCCGCAUGGACGGCAUCUUUGUGGCAUUUCACAAUAUUGAACGGAUCUUCGGGUUCCAGUACGUCAGUUUGGCAGAAAUGGAUGAAACUCUGCACGGUACAUCGAAUACAGCGCUCGGUGACGCAGAAUUCCGCCUGAGUCUACAGCUCUGGAACAAGAUACUGGACAAAGCCACAAAGAAAUAUCCAGGAAGGUCUCUCCGGUUUCACUUUGAGGCCAGAGAAACAGUUCACCCCUUCAUGUACAUAUUCUUCGAGCCCGUUACCGACGAAGAAAUCCACGCCAUUCAAACCAGGAAUAAAGCCGAAAUCGAUGCCUACCAACAACGGAUCCUGAACCUACCUAUCCAAGAAGACCAGGAUCCAUCUACGGCUUCGUCGAACGUGCAGGACACCGCAGCCGCCACCAAUGAUACACCGCCAGAAUCGCAAUCUGAAGAAGUCUCAGUCAACGCAGAGAACUUCUCGGAGACCAAAAAGCGUGAGGUCUCGGCCAUUUUCCUCACUGUUCUUAACUAUCAUAACGGCAAGCAAGUCAACCGUGUUGAUGACUUGAAACCCGGGGACAGAUGGACGGUCGAAUACGAAAUGAGCACUAUAGAAGGCCCAAAGGUCCAGAGCCUUUACGAAGCGUGCGUUACCCGCCGUAAGAGGACUCUCAUGGGAACAGAGGAUGUUUCGGACGAGCCAGAGUCACAAUACAUAAAGACAUUAAGGGAGUUUGCCAGAAAGGGCCGGGAAUACCGCAAGCAGCAAGAUGAGAUUGAUAAGGAAAAGGGCGUGGUUGUUUUAGAUGGUUUAAAGCUUUAA